AUCAUGUGAAUUUCCUUUUCUGACGCAGAUGGACAAAAGAAGCGAGAAAGACGAAGUCUCUGCUACGUGGCUUACAGAUCAAAUCAACCCAGGUAUAAGCCCAACCAAACUCAUUGGCAUCUACGACGAGAUCUGCUCAAAUUAUGAUAAGAACUCUGCCGUUUUGGAUUAUGGAGGGCCAAGUACUGCAGCAGAAGAAAUUGCUAAUAUGGUUCCAGAGAAGAAGAGGCAGCAGGUGCGAGUUCUGGAUGUGGCCGCAGGUACUGGCUUGGUGGGUUGCCACCUUCAUAAGAAAGGAUUCACUAAUAUUGAUGCUCUGGAGCCCUCUGGAGGAAUGAUGAACAUCCUGAAGAACACCGGAGUUUACACUCUCAAGUAUCAGGAAUUUAUUGGCACUGGACACAGCACAGUUCCUAAAGAUACUUACGACAUGGUCGUUGCUUGUGGUUCAUUUGCUCCUGGCCACAUCCAGGUUGAAGGAAUCAAUGAUCUGAUCAAUGUUGCCAAGCCGGGUGGACUGGUGGUCAUUGUGAUGCGAUUGGAGUGCUUUUUGACAGAUGAUGAUUACAAAGACAAAAUGGAAGAUUUCAUGGACCGUUUGGAGAAGACAAAUGUUUGGCGAAAGGUAAUAUCUCUGUGAUCAUUUAUAUUCUAC